AAGGCCAACGGGGGAUUGGGAUAUACACGUAUGUGCAUAGGCCUACAUGUACAUUGUAGUCGAGUCAUUGGUCGUGUGUGAUCUUUGGAAUGGGUGGUGUACCAACGAAAUCUGCUGGAGAACAUUAUUUUGUUUAUAAAGGCGAAAUACAUGGCAGAUGAGUGAUGUAACACUGCGACUUUAAAGUCAUCAACCACUGUUAACUUAAAGACACUGAUGUAAAUUAAAUCAUAAAUCGAACUCGCACGGAGGAAGGGAAACUGUUUAUUUGUGAUGUUGGCAAUGAUGUUUUAAAAUAAUUUUUGAACAUGAAUUGUGAGCGGAAGAAGACAUUUGAAUUUGUAUGUGAUGUGUGUAGCAAGUCGUUCUCUCAAAAACACAAACUAAGAAAGCACCAAAGAGUCCACACUGGAGAAAAGUCAAUUGUUUGUGAAACUUUUGGAAAAUCCUGCUCACGGACACUUCCUCAGCGUACCCAACCUGGCGAGAAACCGUUUGUUUGUGACAUUUGUGGAAAUGCCUACACACACAAAAAUAACCUGACUGUUCAUACGCGUAUCCACACCGGAGAAAGACCAUUUGUUUGUGAAAUUUGUGGACAUGCCUACACACAAAAAAUGUACCUGACUGUUCAUAAGCGUACCCACACCGGAGAGAAACCGUUCGUUUGUGAUAUUUGUGGAAAUGCCUACACACAAAAAAUUUACCUGACUGUUCAUAAGCGUACCCACACCGGAGAGAAACCGUUUGUUUGUGACAUUUGUGGAAAUGCCUACACACAAAAAAAUAACCUGACUGUUCAUACGCGUAUCCACACCGGAGAGAAACCGUUUGUUUGUGACAUUUGUGGAAAUGCCUACACACAAAAAAAUAACCUGACUGUUCAUACGCGUAUCCACACCGGAGAAAGACCAUUUGUUUGUGAAAUUUGUGGACAUGCCUACACACACAAAAUUUACCUAACUGUUCAUAAGCGUACCCACACCGGAGAGAAACCGUUCGUUUGUGAUAUUUGUGGACAUGCCUACACACAAAAAAUUUACCUGACUGUUCAUAAGCGUACCCACACCGGAGAGAAACCGUUUGUUUGUGACAUUUGUGGAAAUGCCUACACACAAAAAAAUAACCUGACUGUUCAUACGCGUAUCCACACCGGAGAAAGACCAUUUGUUUGUGAAAUUUGUGGACAUGCCUACACACAAAAAAUUUACCUGACUGUUCAUAAGCGUACCCACACUGGAGAGAAACCGUUCGUUUGUGAUAUUUGUGGAAAAGCUUUUUCACAAAAGUUUAACCUGACUGUCCAUAAGCGUGUCCACACCGGGGAAAGACCAUGUGUUUGUGAAUUGUGCGGAAGAUCGUAUUCAUAUAGUCGUUCACUGAUAGAUCAUCAGCGUGUCCACACUGGAGAGAAACCUUUUGUUUGUGAUAUUUGUGGAGAAGCUUUCUCGCAUAAAUCGUCACUGGCACGCCAUCAGCUGGUCCACACUGGAGAGAAACCAUUUCUUUGUGAGAUUUGUGGAAAAGCAUUUCCUUCAAAACGACAAUUGGGUUUGCAUCUGCGUGUCCACACUGGAGAGAAACCAUUUGUUUGUGACAUUUGUGAAAAAGAAUUUGCUCACAAAAGCAAUUUAAGGACUCACUUAAGAGUUCACACUGGAGAGAAACAUGGAAUUUGUGGACAAUCAACUCAACUUUCAAAUCAAAUCAAAUUUGCUGGACACCAGAGAAUCCACUUUGGAGAGAAACCAUUUGUUUGUCACUAUUGUGGAAAAGCAUUUUCGAUUCAAUCUUCCUAUGGCCACCUGAGAGUCCACACUGGAGUGAAACCAUUUGUUUGUGACAUUUGCGGAAAAGCAUUUUCACGAAAAUCUCACUUGAAAGACCAUAACCUAAUCCACACUGGAGAGACACCAUUUCUUUGUGAUAUUUGCGGAAAAACAUUUUUUCAGAAAACUAAUUUAACUAGUCAUCAGCGGGUCCACACUGGGGAAAAACCAUAUCUCUGUCUCAUUUGUGGAAAAGCUUUUUCACACAAACGUUCUCUGACCACCCAUCAGCAGCGUGAACAUCGACCGCAGGAAAAUAAUUAAAUGAUCCGUUCUAACUAUAAUUAUGCAGUAUGCUCAACGAAAC